AUGGAGACCAGCAAUUGGUCCGCAUUCGUAAAAUACGAAUUAUUAACCAUCAUUCGAGCUCAUCAAUUACUGUCAGAUGGCUACAGAUUUGUCAAUCCCAGAAUUUUGUCAAUUUUUUCCGCACCUAAAUAUAUGAAUAGAUUUGAGAAUAAUGGGGCCGUGGUAGCAAUGAGUAAAACGAAUCGAGACAGGUUCCUAGGAGUGAUAACAAGCGUGGAACCAGCUAACAUAAACUACGUGAUACCAUUCAUGGAGUAA